AUGACAAGCCAACCUCAAUCCACCGGCAGAAUGUUCGCCACGCCCCUACCCCGAUGGGGAUUCAUCCUCUCCGUCAUGGCGGUCGCUCUGGCUGUAGCAAUGCGUCUGCAGCAGCAGCCUAUCACGGAUGCUGCCGACGCCAAGACGUACUGCUACAAAGCAGUGCGAACGCACGACAAGAACCAAGCCACUGCGUCUUGCUUCUCCGUCCAGAAUGGCGUAUUUAAUCGUGUUUGGGCAGAAUCAGACGACUCGGAAUCUGUCGUAUCUCAGGAUAAGGCUAUAGACGGCUAUGUGAUUCCCGGACUUUGGGACGGCCACGGCCACCUCAUGGCGUACGGUGAAUUCCUCCACUCCGUCGACCUAUUUGGCGCUAAGAGCCUCAGCGAAGCCAAGGAUCGAAUCAAGGUAUAUCUCAAGAAGAACCCAGAAGCAGGCACCAAGGACCAGUGGGUGCGAGGCGUAGGCUGGGACCAAGACGUAUAUGGACGCAUGCCAACUGCUGCCGAUAUUGAAGAGGACCCUGCUCUGAAGGGCAUCUACAUGAUGCUCGACCGCAUCGACGUCCACUGCACAUGGGUAUCCCAAUCCGUCCUGGACCUCCUCCCCGCCGACCUCCCCGACAUCCCAGGCGGCGAAAUCAUCCGCGACCCAGGAAUGGGCGUCUUCUGCGACAACGCAAUGGACUAUGUAGUCAAGCGCUGGCCAAAACCAGACAGCAAGAAGAAGGCCAUGGCUGUCAAAUCAGCCCUCGCCAAACUCAACGAAGUUGGACUCGUGGGCAUGCACGACGCCAGCUCCCUACCCGAAGACAUCAGAAUCUACACCGACAUGUCCAAAACAGAAGACUGGACCCUCCGCGUAUACAGCAUGCUAGAAUGCUCCAAGCGAAACACAUACUGCCCCUCUGAAAGCGUCAAGAUCGAUAACCCGAACUCCAUGUUCACCGUCAGAGCCGUCAAACUCUUCGCAGACGGCGCCCUCGGAAGCUGGGGCUCAGCAAUGCUAGCCCCCUACGCAGACCACCCCUGGACAUCCGGCACGCUUCUCAUCAACGCAACGACCCUCACAUCCGUCACCAAGUCCUGGGCCUCAAAGGGCUACCAGGUCAACAUCCACGCCAUAGGCGACCUCGCCAACCGCAACGCCGUGGACGCCUUCGUCGCCGCCCUCAAGCAGCAGUGUCCCGAUGCCACCACGGACGCCGACCUCGCCAACUGCCAACGCACUCACCGCUUCCGCAUAGAACACACCCAAAUCAUGCACCCGGACGACCAGGCCCGUCUGCACGCCCUCGGCAUCAUACCCUCCAUCCAGCCCACACACGCUACCUCGGACAUGAAGUACGCUCUGGAUAGACUUGGCCCUGAGCGCACCGACACCGAGGCGUAUCGUAUGCGGUCGUUUCUUGAUGCCAAUCCCAUAUUGGGGAGUGACUUUCCCGUGGAGCCACCGAACCCAUUUCACGGAAUCUACGCGGCUGUUACGAGAAAGAAUCCCGCUACUGGGCUGGGCGUGAAUGGUUCGCACAAAGGGUGGCAUACCGAUGAGGCACUGAGUCUUGACCAGGCCCUGUGGGGAUUCACGGGUGCUACUGCGUAUGGAGCGUUCCUCGAGGACAAGGCAGGCCAGAUUAAACAAGGCGCAUUUGCUGAUUGGCUUGUUUUGGAUAAGCCGAUUGAGUCUUUGGAUAUUGAGCAACUCCGCACUCUCAAGGUUAAAGAGACUUGGGUUGCUGGGAAGAGAGUUUACGCACGAGAUGAAUAA